CUGCCGAUUCAUCUAAAUCUCAUAUACUCCGUAUAUAGCAGUGGGGAAGAAGGUAAGGUAGCUAAGAUAUGACAGGAAUAAAGAAAUGCCGGCGUUUCUCGUCUGGCAGAGGAGUGGCGGCGGCGUCCAGCAGCAGCUUGCUUCUUUUGUUUGUGUGGGUCGCCGCCUUUGCUGUUAUGGCGGAGGCGGAUAGCAGUUCCCCCGAUUACAAAGUAAUAAUGGAGCUGAGAAAUAGCACAGGGUUGAAGAGUGACGCGGAUUGUAGUUCUACGAAACUUCCGUGCGACUGCGGGGCGGAUGGGUCGAAGCAGAUGGAUGUGCGUUGCGGAAAGGGUGAUGGGCGGGUUACCUAUAUCACUUUCCAAGCGGCCUCCGGCGGGAGUCUGCCAGCCAGUCUCGAAAACCUCACCGAGUUAAGCAUAUUCGAAGCGGGUUCCAGCAACCUCAACGGGACCAUUCCCAACUUUGGCGGGGCCAUCUGGGAAAUCUCCAUCCACGAUAACCAGUUCACUAAAAUAAUCCCGCAAAUCCUGUUCCAAUCCAAGCCUAGCCUCACAUUAUUUGAUGUAUCCAACAACAAGAUGCUUCAACCAUGGACCAUCCCGGCUGACGCCCUCAAGAGCUCUUCCAAGCUCAGAUCUUUCUCCGCCGGCGGUUGCAACAUGGAGGGGCCCUUCCCGGGCAUCUUCAACCCCAAGGAUUUCCCCGUCUUAAGAGUCCUUACCUUGUCCGGCAAUAGUCUCACCGGUCCUAUUCCUCAAGAACUCAUGGGGUUGACCGAAUUUGAGUCGCUGGAAUGGCUGGAUGUUUCUAAUAAUCAGCUCACCGGUUCUAUCCCUGAAAGCGUUGCAAAUUUACCCAGUCUCCGGCACUUGGACGUUUCGAAUAAUCAUAUUAAAUAGUGAUGCAUUUAUCUAGAAUAUUCUAUGUAGAAAAGGCUAGAGAUGAUCUAGAGAGUUAAAGCUAGAAAGUAUUCUAGAAAAUUCUCUACUAGAGAAUUCUUAUGUAAAAUCUAGAGUAAUUAGACAUAGAUGUAGAAUACUCUAGAAUCAUAGCAUUUAAUAAGGAUCUAGAAUGAUCCUCUAGCUCCUAUAAAUAGGACUCAUUGUACUCAUUUGCAAACCAAGCAAAACCAAGAAACAUCAAUACAA